UGGCAAUAUUACUGCCGAGGAGCUCGCCAUCGCAAUUGAGGGAACCGAGAGGGCUGGUUGCUGCCCGGUCCCGGGAGCACGGCGCCGCGGAGCCGGACCGGGCUCUGCAUCUCCCGGCGCGCCGGUGCCGGUGCCAGCUCGGCGGCGGGGGAGCCGGGCUUUUUGUGUUUUUUUCUGGUUGCAUUUAAAAGCAAAGCAAAGCCGGGGAGGGGAGUGGGGGCGGGGGAGGCUGCGUGCCGGCCCCCUGCGCGGUGCGCGGCCCGGGGAGCCCCGCGGUGCCCGCAGCGCCCAGCCCGUGCCCGGCCCCUUUGGUACGGGGCGAGAGCCGCGGGGAAGUCAAUUAUUGACUUCUGCUUGGCCGGGUCCCAGGUGGAAGUGGGCACGGCGGCGGCGGGCGGCUCUCGGCGCGCCCCCCGUUAUCGGGGCCGCCAGCCGCGCUCCUCCCGGGGGCUCCGCGGCCGCCGGACACCGCGCCCGGCCCCGCCGCCGCCCGGAGAACGCCAGUGUACACACGGGGUCUGGGCACUCGAAUCUUCUGCUGCGAAAUCCGCAUCCUCUGAGAACUCGGGUGGCCUGGGCGCUUCCAGAGACGGGAAGCUAUUCUGUUCUGAAUCAGCAUGGGAUAGAGUGCCUAGAAGACGUUCAGACCAAGCACAGCUAGCGCGUCCCUGCUGGUUCUCCAUUCUGCAUCCGUGCAGCCACGUUCUAUUGAUGGCCUGUUGUGAUUUCAAUGGAACAUCAUGGGAUGUACCUGGCACGUCGGGCAGCACUGGAUGGAGGUGCCUUUAGCCCAAUGUACCUGGCAUGGUGGUAAGGUGAAGGCGAGAGGAAGAGAAGGUGGAGAUGGAACUGCCAAAUCAUGCCAAACAACUGCUACUGCAGCUGAACCAGCAACGAGCCAAAGGUUUCCUCUGUGAUGUGAUCAUUGUGGUAGAAAAUGCCCUGUUUCGUGCCCAUAAGAACAUCCUGGCAGCCAGCAGCAUGUAUUUCAAAUCCCUUGUCCUGCAUGACAACCUGAUAAACUUAGACACGGACAUGGUGAACCCCACCGUGUUCCGGCAGAUCUUGGACUUUAUUUAUACUGGCAAGCUCUUAACGACUGACCAGCCUGGUGAACAGAACUUUAAUGCUCUCCUCACCGCAGCAAGCUACCUCCAACUGCACGACCUGGCAGCUCUCUGCAGAAAGAAGCUGAAGCGGAACGGCAAGUCCUUUGCUGGCAAGGCCGGUGGCCUUGGUGUUGGGAGAUCUGCCAGGAGUCAGAGACUUUCCACUGCUUCAGUCAUCCAAGCUCGCUAUUCAGGGUCAAAUGAGGGGUUGAAGGGCUCGCACUCAAAGGAGCUGUCAAAGGGAAAGCUCUCUGAUGACGAGGUCUUCAUCAGCAGCUCCAACCAAGAGAACUGUCACUCCUUAAGCAGGGGAACCAGCAAGAACGGUGGUGGGAGCAGCAGUGCGAAUGGGAGCACCGGUGACCAGGAGCUAGGCCUUGACCUGUCCAAAAAAAGCCCCUCGCUCCCUGUCGCAGCCUCCCACGAUGACACGCAGCACAGCGAAAGCCAGCACGGCUCUCCCCAAUCUGCCUCAGCCCCUGCAGCCAACAGUGCCUCAUCGUUCGACGAGUCUGGCGUCGGAGCCCCCCACAGCAUGGCGGACAGCAGCGACCCCAUGGAGAUGGAUCUGAGCGAGGAGUGCCACCACUCACUGACAGAGAGCAGCCAGCGCAAGGGCCUCCGGCACUCGUCCCGCAAGAAGGAGUGGAUCAAGAAAGACAACGCCUUUGACCGAAAGGAAGGGGGCAAAGACAGGGACGAGGGUGAAGGGCUGCCCAAUGGUAUCCUCCUGGGGCCCUUGUCCAAGUCUGUGGAGAGGAGUCUAGCCGGGGCCUACGGGGCAGACCUGCCCUACCCGUGUAAGGAGGAGGUAGAAAACGGUAAGGAGAACAGUGACGACAGUGGCCAGAGUGAGAGUGAGAGCGGCGGCCAUACCAGUGCCAACUAUGUCUACCGGCAGGAGGGGUUUGAGCCAGUGGCCUACGGUGACAACCUGUAUGUCUGUAUCCCCUGUGGCAAAGGCUUCCCGAGCUCUGAGCAGCUCAAUGCCCACGUGGAAACGCACACCGAGGAAGACCUUUACAUCAAGGAGGAAGGCACAUACGGCAGCAAGGAUGAAGCUGAGGAUUUGUCCAACCCCAAUCAGUCCUACGCUGCGGAGUCCCGGCCCUUCAAGUGUUCAGUGUGUGAGAAGAGCUACAAGGAUCCAGCCACACUGCGGCAGCACGAGAAGACUCACUGGCUGACGCGGCCCUUCCCUUGCAACAUCUGCGGCAAGAUGUUCACACAGCGUGGCACCAUGACACGGCACAUGCGCAGCCACCUGGGGCUCAAGCCCUUUGCUUGCGAGGAAUGUGGGAUGCGCUUUACCCGGCAGUACCGACUAACAGAGCAUAUGCGUGUCCACUCAGGAGAAAAACCUUACGAAUGUCAACUGUGUGGUGGGAAAUUCACCCAGCAGCGCAAUCUGAUCAGCCACCUGCGAAUGCAUACCUCUCCCACAUAAGCCAAAGACUCCAGAAUGAGCUUCAAGCCCAUCCGCAGUGAUUUACCUUUCUGUAGACUUGCUGCUUAAAAAAAAAGAAAAAAGAAAAAAAAAAAACAAACAAAAAAGGGGGCAACUCCCCAUACUCUGUUCAGUCAUGAGAGGCCUAAACAAAUGUAGCUUUAACAUUUAAAAAAAAAAGUUCAUUUUUUUUCCUUUUUUUAAAAAAAGAAAGGUCCACAGCCAAGCUGAUGCAUUUAGUCCCAGUCUCCCUUCAAAUUUUGAUGACCUGGCAAGAAAUGCCUCUUCUUUUUGCACACAUUGACUUCAUUGCCAUAUUGUUUAUCUGGAGCAGGUAAGGGGAUCUUGGGGAACUUUCAGCCUCUGCUGGCUCCCCCCUCCCUGCCUCUUUUUGUGUUCCUGUCAUUGUACUCACCUCUUCUCCUAAAACCAAACUCAGUAGGGGUAUUUCUUGCCAUUAAAAAAAAACCAACAAAAUACACCUUUUCAGUGGCCUAAGUAGCUGUGAAAUAACAGCAUUCUCAAGUGCAGAAGCUGUGUCUGUGGACCAUCUCACAGGGCUGGCAGCCCCUCCAGAGACUGUGGGAAAGCCACAGCGGUGGUGGAGCCCAGCCCUAUCUGCUGGGCUGGCGAUGGUGUGGGGAGCAGCUCCCAGGGCUGCACCAGUCCCAGUACUUCAUUUCAACAAAUGGCGAAGCCUCCCUUACCAUCCCUCCCCAUUUUGGUUUUGAUCUUUGUCCUUGGCACACAUAACCAUGUGCCACCUUCUCCCAUAAAACACGCAAACCUCUUUUGCCUUACCCAUGACUGAACAGGGACUGGAUGCCCUGGGAAUUUCCUUCAGUGAGCAGGGGGUCGUCUUUACUUUUCUAGUAGUUUCGUAUGAAUAUUCUUUGCUUAGAGGUACUUGUUUUA